AUGAAUUGCGAGGAGAGCGGGAAGGAGUGCUCGCUGCAGCAAAAAAGGCUAAUGAGUGCUCUUAAGAGAAGAGAUCUUCUCAGAGAGGAGAUGGAGAAGACUGGGCAAGCCCUCCGGAGGCUGGAAGCCCAUCGAAGGGCGCUGGUGGACGUGCUAAGGAUCUAUGAUGGCAGGAUGGAGAUAGAUGCCGGGAGAUACAGGCCGGCCUAUAGGGUAGACCUCAGGGAUUCGAAGGGGCUGAUACAUGUUCCUGGAGAAAGACAUUAUCUAGUGAUAUACAGCCUUGGAAGGAUUCCAACGCCAAGCAUGAAGCCAUUCUAUAGUCAGAAGAAUGUUUAUCCUGUUGACUACAUGUGUAAAAGGGCAUAUUAUAGGGGUGGAGGAGGGUUUCCAACGGGGAAGGACAUGGCUCUGUAUACAUGUACUGUUAGGAAUGUUUGUAGCAAGCCUUUAUUUGAGAUAACCGAAGGGGAUCUGUGCAUAAGGGGAAAGGCCGGGGAGGUGUUCAAUGCAUUCAGAAGCCUAUUUCCUGAAGGUAUUGAGUUUACAAGCAUAGUUGAGUUUUUUGGGUUGAACAAUAUGCAUGUCAGAAAGCUGAUCAGCGAGCAGAAGGGGUUUGCAGAGCUUGGGAUUGGAGACAAGUGGGAAAGGAGGCCCUCUGUUGGGUAG